AUGUAUAGCAAAAGAAAAAGAACAGCAAGCGUUGAAGCGUAUCCAUCUGGUCGAGCGCACUCAUUUACGGACAGACUCCCAAGAAAUAACAAGCGCGUUAUUUCCUCAAUUACAAAGACAGUUAUGAGAUCAGACAAGCGUCCGGUACUUUCGAUUGAGUUACGUUUACAUGAAGCUUUAAAAGACGACCCAAAUUCAGACAAAUUACUAAGUUUAAAAAGAAAAUGGGAGAAUGAUGAAUAUAUGUACGACUGGGACGCUUAUGAGGAUGAGAAAAAGAACCGAAAAGUUGAUCAGAUAUCGAAUAAUAGAAAAAAUCAAGAAAUUAAAACGUCAAGCACACUCGGUCAUUUAGAUAAUAGACUUAAAGCUAACAGUCCAACCGGUGGAAAUCAAACCAACAAUAUACUGGUGCCUCAAUCGACGGAAUUUACUGAUAUUCUUCAUAAGACCGGAGAAGAUCAGACGCAAGUUCAGGUUAAUAAUGAUGAUGCAGGUUUUUUUGAUGACUUGGAUGAAGGUAACGAAAGAAAUGACGAAAUUGAGGAUAUUGCCGAUAACAUUUUAAGUUCGUUUGUAUCUGAGGAUAAAUCAAGUGUACUGAAAAAUUUGGAGAAUCGUUUGGCUACUACAUACAAGGUAGUUUCCCACUUCGAUAGACAAUUUCCGUAUACGAAAGAACUCUACAAUACAUUCCCCGAUCAAAUGAGAACAUUGGAGAAUGAAUGGGAAAAGGUUGAAGCCAAUAUCCAAAAAACAACCGAAGAAAGAUGGAAUGUAUCUAAAAUGAAAGAACUUGUAGAUAAGUACUAUAAGAUAAUAAUAGAUCAUUUCGACGAAUUAUUGGAUGUUGAUCACAAGAAGCUUAUUACGGUGUUCAGUAAACCUCCCUAUGAUGAUUUUUCUUAUAAACGUGACGAUGAAUUGAUUUGGUGUCAGAGAAUAUUUAUUGAUUUGACUCGACAAUUUCUACGUAAUAGAGGUGCUCUAUUUGAUAAAGAAGCCUCUGAGCUUCGCUAUCGCUCGGAAAUUGUGAAUCCCCUGCUUGCGGGGGCAUUUGAAAUGAUUGAACGUUCUAUAUGGCUUGAAACCGGAGAAACUGAGAACGAAAUACAAAAGGUGCAACGGAAUGAUACUAAGGAAAAUAAGGAGCGGUCAAAAAUUGGAAUGAAACAUGACGGUGUGAUCAACAUGAUAAUACACGGAAAGAAAUAUCAAGUCGGGUUUCUUGAGGUCGUAGGCAAUGCCUUUAACAAUGACAUAACUGAUAGGAAUAUUGACUUAGAAAAAUUAUAUAAAGCAAUGUCAUUAUCAUUGUGGAAUCAACGUGCACAUCUCGAUAAUGAAACUUCGCAACAACUAUCAACUUUUGCUGUAUUAGUCCAUGGGAAAAUUUUUAGUUUCUUAAGCAUGCAUUACAUUAAUAAUGAGUUUGUGGUUAAGAAUUACGAUGAUUUUAUAUUACCAACAAUAAAUGAGUGCCUGGUGAGACUACCAAAAAUAAUAGAAACGAUUGCCAAUUCAAGAAUUAUGAUAUAUCAUCGAGAACAUAUUGCUAAUUUCCAUAAAGUAGUGCGUUCGCCAAGUGAUAACCCACCCAAUGCUUCACCACAAAAGAAGAGAAACAAUGGUGGUCGUCUCUGA